UUUGAAUUUGAAGGGAGAGCUCUUGCCACUGCACGGUCGCGUGCGUCCUUGUUCGUGAGUUUGUCAACAAAAGCGCGGACAGCACGGGCAUGCCCGGGCAGAAGCAGGGUGAGCGGACUUACCGGAGCGUUGGCAUAUGGCAGAGAGCAUUUAAAAAAGAUGUAUGUCUGUCCGGUUCUUCGUAUCAGCGAGGCUUCCUUCUCUCGUUUCCACGGACGAAGUGAAUAAAUGAAGAAGUGACUGGUUCUGUCCAUCACCUCUCGCGCGUGGAUUCUCCAACGUCCCGGCUGAUGCUGCCCAGUCUGAGAGACACAUCCGUUGGGAGUUUACCGCUGAGGCGUCGGAUGGAUGAUGAGGAGGAGGACAUGUCACGGCCCAUCUCGCAGCUCUGGGGAACACCCUUUAGGGACGUCAAAUACGAAGACCGAGCCACACAGAUCGCGGCUGGACAGGCCAUUGCUGUUGUGCCCACGUCGCAGAGCCAUAACAACAACAGCAUUGGCAUCAACACCCUGCCUUGCGGCUUGUACCGGCAGCCUCGCAUACCCUUUCACGGCAACGCUGGAUUACGCUCACAUUUCCCCGCUCAGUUUGAGCCCAUGGAGGACCGGGGAGAGAUUCAGAUUGAAGAGGAGGAGGAAGAGGGCAGAGGAGAGGAAGAUGACAGGAUGGCAGAGGGGCCGGAGGAGCAGGCAGGGGUGAGCGUUGAGGUGCAAAUUGGUCGGAAACUUCGGGAGAUCGGCGACAAGUUCCAACAGGAUCAUGUUGAACUGUUAAUGAGGCAUCAGAGACAAAACCUGCCUGCUUGGAUGCGCCUUACGAUGGCCCUGUUUGGCUUUCUGUUUCCAAGAGAGGCUCUCUUCCCCCGCCUGAGAGGAGAGCAGAGAUGAAGGGACUUACUGCUGGUCCUUGCCUCAGCCCUUGUCCCCCCCCCCCCUCCCGCGGGGGACAAGGGACCAGACUUUAAGAGAUGGCACUGUAAGAUGGAACACGGGUUCGGAUUUUGUUUUCUAAUUGAAUAUGAAGAUGAGAUGAAGAAAACACUGGUCACCGCUGGACGGAGACUGAUUACAAUUUUUUUGUUUGUUUGUUUGUUUGUUUUUGUUUUUUCGUCUUUCCAAGAAGGAGCCAUUGCGUUUGAAGAGAUAUUUUCGAAAUAUUUGUAAGAUUACCUAUUUUGUACAGUAAACUACUCUUUUUAUUUGGUAUUCAAGUCUUGAAGGACCUCCAUCAGUCCAGGGAAUGCCUUAUUCUCUCCUGCCACAGUACAACUCUUUUGCAUAAAGGAAAUCGUAAGAAAGAGAUCAGUUUUAAGAUUAGGCCACUGUUCUGGCGACAAACUGUGGACGUGGACAUUUCUGUGCUGAAGUUACUGACUUAAAACCUUGAGGACUUGAGGCACAUUUCUAAUUUAUUCUCUGACAAACAAUAAGCCCUGUACUACUCCUUUACUGUUCCACACUGGCGAAGUUGAAAAUGGUUGUCAUGACGUUGUGGCGGUGUUGCACACCGGUGUUGCACUGUUGGUCAGUUUAACGCGUGUUUUACCAGCUUCCACUGUAGACGUAGGGACAUUAUAUCAACCUGUGUCAUCCAUCAGCAUCCCCAUCUCCAGUACCACUCAUGAUGUUAAAGUGGCCUAACGACCCACUGUGUAGAUUCAGAUCCUGUUGAUUUAAAUUAUAAACACAUGCAUACUUGAAUUAAGGUGCACUAAGAUAUUUUAGUGACAUCAUGAUUGCGCUUUCAAUUUGUGAUCAUCUGUAUGUAGGAGUGUGUGCUUACUGUUUCCAAAAUCUGCAGAAAUUUUGAAGCCAAAUGAGCACAAACAAAGUCAAACAAAUCUCCUUCGUGGGAUUACAAUCAGGGAACUGGAAAACAAUCAGACACCUGAAAAACUUUGGGUAGAUUUCAUCAUUUCCUAAAGCUUUCCAGGAUUUCUUUCUCUGGCUGGAUUGACAAUCGCUACUUUGCAGUUUGCUGCACUGUGGGUCGCCUGCGAGAGAGAUGACAUUUAUCAGCAUUUCUGGGGAAGAGCAAUAUUCAAGCCAGUGGAAGGAAGUAAAAACUUAGGGAUCUGUUGCAUUUGCAAUCAAACUAACACCCACAGGAGGACAUUUCCCAAAAUACAGCUGUGUUAAUGAACUACAAAUAUCUUUGUUCCAGAAACAUUUUGGGUUAAAGUUACAGAGAUGCAUUUUUAUUUUAUUUCACUCCAGGUCUAAAUCAAAAUGUCUGGCGCACUGACUCAAUCCUGAUGUGUUGAUGUGUGCGCGUAUCAACCUUUCAUUCAAGUGCUUUCUUUCACCAAACUGCCGGUGGUACGUUGAGCUUCACUGGGAAGAACUUGUAAGAACAGCUUCUGUACAGUUCAAAAAUCACUUUUUACUCAUCACACAUUUGGGUAACGGAGAAAGUUUCUGCAUCCUCAUGCGACAACUGAUGCGUUAGCAUUUUGCAACGACACAGCCACUGUUUCUCAAUGUAAGGUUUAUCAAGGAAAACGUCUUUUAGGACUUUUAAUAAGAUGUUGAAGAUUCCUCAUUUGAUGUAUUAUUUCAGUUCUGUUGUAGAUUCAUGAUAUGAGCUUUUGAAGACACUGAUGGGUUUUUUUCUCCUCUACGUUUUCUUCAGGGAGUAGUUAAUGACCGCGCUAAUUACCCGACGCUUGUCAUGAGUUGUGUUUGCUAAAAAUCUGCCUUUGAGUGAGGACUCCAUGCAUCACUGCUGUUAGUCUUUGAUUGAUGUGGGAGACGAUGCUGAACAAGCAAAAAAACAUUUCUUUUUUUUUCUUUAAAUAAGUUUUCCGAAUCAUUUUCACUCGACAUGAUGAUGGAAGCGUGUUACAGAUCGUCAGCAGGUUUUUCUUUUUUUUCUGUAAAUACACGCGGAGCUGAACCAAAAGUUUGUUUCCUGCAAACACUGAACGCUGAGCCAAUUCAGAUAGUUGUGACGCACCCUCCAGUCCAAAGUUUCACACGCUCACUCACCUUCAUCCUACGUCAUGCUUAACUACUCCCUGUCUUUACUGAGAACAAGUUUCAUUUUGUUUGGUUUCUUUCAGAUAAUUUAUUCUAAUUUAUUUUAUGUAUAUUUUUGCUCAGUGCUACUGUAUAAAUGCUAUCUCAGUGUGUACAGUCCUUUUCUUCUCAUUGUUGACGUGCAUUCAGUUGUGUGUUUGAUGCCUGUGUGUGUGGGGAGGUUGGACUAAAGCCAUGUGCCUCGUGCGUUCUCACACGAAUGGUGUGAGUCUUUUACAAAUCAUGUGAACAAUAGACAAUCAAAUGUACAAAAUGUGCCUUGUGAGUAACAGACCUGCCACAUCAUCAUCGACACUUGGCAUAAUUACCCAAAGUCACUGGUCAGGGCUCUUGUUCCACUUGGGCUCUGUGAGAUCAACACACUCUGAUACAAUAGAGUUGGCACAGGCAGUACAGCGUGUUCGUUGUGCCUUGAUAGACAAAAAAACAAACAAACAAACAUCAGUUCGACUCUUCGCAUCAGCUCACGAGGCACAGGCUCAACCUUUGACAUCUCUCAGCACGAACGGCGAGUUUCACCACGCAAAACCUUCUCAAUAUCAGAAACGACUGUUUGCAAUCAAUGUGCACUGUAAAAAAAACAACAACAAUUUUUUUACCUGUAUACUGUAUUUUGCACCUCUCUCUUUCUACUCCUGCGCUGAACUUCCCCUCUAGAUUCCUGAAACUUUUUAAGAUCUGUGAUAUGCUGGAUCGGCCCAGCUCGCCUGGGUUUUUGUGCUUUAUUAUCUAUAAUCUAGUAGGGCUGUGGGUUUACAUUUGAAGGAGGAAUGAGCCACCAUGGUGCCCAGUAUUAUUUGUAUGUGAGAUGGGUUGAACAGCCACUCAGUCGGCGUGGUGUUGAUCUGAGCCUGACGUUACCAACCACUGUUGCAACCCCGACUCAAGUGACACAUUUUUUAUUCGUUCAGCCUUCAGUGUCUUUAAUAUCAAAUUUAUUCGAUCUGUUUUUGAAUAUCCAAGAAGGAGUGCAUCUUUACUGUCAAGUGCUGUGAUUUGGUGUUUUUUAUACAUUAGACAUGAAUUUGACACAGCUAUUGUUGCUAUCUUUAUAAAAAUUUUUAGCAGAAAUUUUCCAUAACUUUUUGUAAGAAGACUGAGAGCGAACUACAACAACAGGACUUUUUUUUUUGCUUUUCUAUGAUUGAUUUUUUUUCAAUGUUGUGGCAUUUUUAAUUUUGGAUAUUGCCAAGUCUGCUGUGUCACACUCAGUCAGUUCAAGGGCUUUUUCGAUAUAUGUAAAUGGAGUAAAAAUGCAUGUCCAACAUUCCUGAAAAAAUCUGUAUCUUAAGGGUUUGAAUGUAAUUUAAUGGAGUGAAAACCACAAUAUCUCUUUUUAAUACAUGAACUGAACAGUGGAACUUAUUUCAGACUCCCGUGCUGUGUGAGCGGGGAGUGUUGUCUUCACAUUGCUUUCUUUACGUUCAGAGUGGUCUCAAGGAUUUCACAUUCAUGUGUCCUUUGAAGUGAGACCCAGGCCAGAUGUAGCAGUUUUUGUCGAAGCAUUGGCUGUGUUAUCGUUGGGACUGCUCUGUGUCUGCUGCACAGUUUUCAAAGAGCACAGGACAUGGAUGGAGGGGACGGAGGAGGACGGGGGAUGUUUGUUCUUUUUCUAGUGCAAUAUGCUGUACAUAAGAGCUUGGCUCUCGAAAUCUUACAAUUUCUCUUAAUUUCUUUUGUUGUUAAA